AUGCUUAAAAACGGUAAUCUCUCAAAAGGAGCUGGAUAUGGAGAUUUACCUUUUCACCUUAAUAUUAUCUCAGGAUUUACAAAUGGAUGCAACCACAUACGAAAUUCUUUCUUUAUUAUUAAUACAGUUUUCUAUUCAGGGGAGAAAUUAGCUUAUCCUUACAUGACAAAUUAUUUUUCAGCUGUUUUAAUGGCUACAGGCAAUGCAACAUUCCGAGGUGCGCUAUUUAUACCUUCUUUUAUGAUGAGUCUUUCUUUACUUUUCGGAAUGUAUUAUCUCGGUAUUUUAUUUCACAAAGAUCGUUUUGCAUGCUUGAUUGCGAUAUUUAUGUUCUUAAAUCUCGGCGGUCUUGGUUUUUUACGCUUAGCAGAUCCCACAUUUAUAGAAGGAGAUUUAAUUCACGACUGGGGCAAUGAACACUAUGAAUAUUGGUUCCAUCCCAUUAUGCAUAUCCUUGUUCCUCAGCGUGCGUCGCUCUGGUCCAUGCCAUUAUGCUAUUGGUGCCUAAUUAUUUUGAUCAAAGGCAUAAAAGUGAUGAAAUGGCAAUAUUUCUUGAUUGCUGCACUAUAUGUUGCCAUAACACCACUUGUUCAAGUCCAUUCAUACGUAGCUCUUGCUCAAUGGUCGAUUGUUUAUGCCGCAUUAAAUUUUCCAUGGAAAAACAAGUCGAAAAUGCUUUCCCAUGUAUUUGUUUGGUCGAUAUUCGGCAUUGUAGCCAAUGUACUAUGCGUUCCUCAGUUCGCACCAUAUCUAAAGCGACUUACCGUUAAAGAAUCAGAUGGCGGCAGCGGUUUUCUUGUUUUAGAUCCGAUUUGGAACUCAUACAAUCGCAAAAGGGAGUGGAGCCUGGCCAUAAAACUAUGGUGGCGUGGUCUAGGACUGUUUGCUUUUGUUUCUUUGAUAAGUUGUUGGUCAGUUUUGUCAAAAGAACAAAAAAUCGAUUAUAUUCCAUCGAUUGUUGUUUUUCUUUUGACAAACAUCAUAAGGUAUCAACCUUGGGAACUAGAUAACACUAAAGUUUUCUACGCAGCAUGGAUUCCUUUCGCUAUACAUUGCUAUGGAUUAUUCAUGGCAAAAUUGCUUAGACACAAAACGUGGAGAGUCGUAGGUGUAAUUAUCCUUUUCUUCUCUUGUUUGUCUGCAAUUAGAUUAUACGUGUUAGAAAUGUCAACUUCAACUCCCAUGUUCGAAGAUGACGCUGUUGAAUUUGGCAAAUGGGUGUCGGAAAAUACCCCAAUAGAUGCAAUUUGGCUGACGGACCAAUGGCACAGCAAUCCUGUCCUGACAAUGGCUGGAAGACAGAGCUACAUGGGAUACGGAGGAUGGCUGUUGUCACAUGGACUGGAUUAUUUCGGAAGAGAUAGAGAUUCUAAUUAUAUGAUGGAACAUCCGGAAGAUUCGGACUUUUUCAUCAAAAGAAAUAUAACUUAUGCAGUUUCUUAUCAGAAAGCAUUUAAAAAUUGGGCAAAUAUUACUUCUGAUAACGGAUGGGUUAAAAUUUAUGAAUAUCAAAGGUUUGAAUGUUGGAAAUAUAUACCAAAUUCAACACAAAUAUAA